GGGGGCAUAACACCGCUUGCUUGAGUUUGGUUCUGGUUCUGUGGAUUUGUUUUCAGCACUUAAACUAAAAAGAAAUCCUGAUUUAAAACCCGUUCGGGAGUCGAACGAGAGCUGAGCCAAAAGAGGAGAUUGAAAUCACUGCUUCUAAGUGGCCGCGUUAGGACAUUAUUAGAAACCGAGCCGAGUGACGCUUCAUUGGAGCGACCUGGCUGGCAUAAAGAAACAGAGCUGGGACGCAGAAUAGAUUGGAUUUGUGCUUGGAACCCUCAAAAGCAAGGUCAUUAAAAGAGAUUAUUGGAUGGAAAAAGAGAGGGCAAUCACAAGCACUUUGAGAUGGCUUUGAUGACAGUGACCAGGUUAUCACAGAUCUGUGGACCAGAUGAAGCUGAGACGGACACUGAAUCCUUCAAAUAAAACAGGAGCCGAAUUUUCUGGGGCAUAUUACCAUGAUGUGAAUCUCCUGUUCAACGACAUCCCAAAUGUGCUGUAUGGGGCAAAGAUCUGGUAACUGGAGGCUUUUGGUUCACUCAAUUUCGUGUUCAAGAAACCGGUUUGAGAUCAUCUGAGCUUUAUGACAUGGUGUUUUAUCCUGCAGGCAGUAGCAUUCAGAAGAUGGGUACAAUGUGGUCAUAAAGAAAUGGAUAUGGUCAGCAACAAUAUCCAGAUCAAAAUGGACCAGGAUGCAGACGCACAACUGAGGAUCGGCUUUAUCGGUGCAGGAAACAUGGCUUUUGGCAUCGCAAAGGGCAUGUUGUCAGGAAAUGUUCUUCCUAUAAACAUCAAUGUCAGUGCACCAUCCUCCACAAAUCAGGGACGUUUCCAGGAGCUUGGUAUUUCUGUAACUCACUCCAACACCGAGGUGGUCAGUGGUUCAGAUGUGGUGUUUGUCGCAGUCAAACCUCAUCUCGUUCCACUCGUUCUCUCUGAAGUGUCUCCGCACGUCCAACAGAAACAGAUAAUUGUGUCAGUUGCAGCAGGAGUAACCCUAGCUGUGUUGGAGGAGCUCCUCCCGGAAAACUCGAUUGUCAUCCGGCUGAUGCCUAACCUUCCCUGUGUGGUUCAAGAGGGGGCCCUCUUGUUUGCACGGGGAGCCAACGCAAAACAAGAAGAUGGCGCUGUACUUCGCAGCUUGUUGCGUUGCUGUGGUUUGGUGGUUGAAGGGCCUGAAGCCUGGAUUGAUAUCCACACAGGGAUGAGUGGGAGCGGAGUCGCUUUUGUGUACCUCUUUGCAGAAGCGCUGGCAGAAGGAGCUGUUAAAAUGGGCAUGCCAAGUGCUCUGGCUCACAGCAUCGCAUCCCAAACGGUUCUGGGUGCUGGGAGAUUGUUACGUGAUUCAGGGAAGCAUCCAGCUCAGCUUCGGUCCGACGUCUGCACCCCGGGUGGGACAACCAUCUAUGGGCUUCACACACUGGAGCAGGGAGGGGUGAGGGCGUCUGUCAUGAGUGCGGUGGAAUCGGCCACUGAGAAAGCCCGGGAGCUUGGAAGAAAAUAGGCAGCAGGAAGGGUCUCUGCUUCUGGCUGCCUUCUAAGAACUACACCUUGAACUUUAACCACGGAAAGUCUUAAAUAUAAGAUGGCUGAUUUUAUUUAUUUCUCAACUAGGUGCUCAAGGAUAAAAAAAAAAAAGCACGAACUUGACUAUUUUACAAUCAGUUUACACCUCUUUUUGUUUCACUUUGAUAGUUAACACAAGAAAAUCUGUUAGAUCACAAGUUUGUGAUUUAGUUUCUGGAUUAACAUGCAGAAUAAUCCUUCUUUUCAAUGAAGGCAGGUAUGCAUGCAGGAUGGGAUUGAAAUGUACAUUUGGAAGUGCUGAUUGAGAUUUGUGACAAAUAAAAACUACAAAGCUCCCAGUUUA